CAGCGCUGGGCGGAGCCGGACGUGAGCGCACUUCCGAGGGGAGGGAGCGGCCUCGGCCUCGGGUGGCGGCGGAGAUGGCCGCCAAAGGCUCAACUCCCAAGACACCUGCAUUAUCCAUCAGUGCAAGAAAAAUUAAAGAUAAUGCAGCAGACUGGCAUAAUUUAAUGAUGAAGUGGGAAACUCUGAAUAAUAAGGGAUUUACCACUGCCACCAAAAUCGUGAACAUCAAAAUUUCUGCAGAGUGCAAAGAUGGAAAGUUGGAAAUAGAACAUGAUAAUACUGCUUCAGAGUCCGGAAGACGACCAGUUGACUACAAUGUAGAAUUGGAGGAGUGCUGUACAGAACUACUUGAUACUUUUGAAAACAUGGCAAAAAUACAACAGAAAAUGGAAAAACUAUGUUCAACUACUAAAGGGAUCUGCGACUUAGAAGCAUAUCAUGGAGAUCAGAAGACACCAUUCUUUCACACAUGGCCCAUUCCUUACUUCUAUGAAGUUUCUGGAAAGCUCUUGAACAUGUACUCAAAGGAACAACUCAAGCAAACUAUUGUGCAAGAGAUUGCUCAUACCGCUGACCAAGAUCUCCUGAUGGCCUACUUGUCGUCAUGGUUAUACCAGCCCUACAUUGAGAAUACCAGCCAAAUAUUACUAGAAAGCAUGCUAUUGGAAACGGGGCACAGGCUGGUCUAACCUUUCCUACCACUCUAUAAAGUUGCAUUUGCCUUGAACUGCACUGCUAAUACAUUAAACACAAUGCAAUUUAUAUAUUUUUGUAUAGUUCCAACGUUUUAAUAAAGUCUGUUUUAUUUUCUAAAAUUGUA